AUGAAACAAAGCACGAACACCUUCAGCAGCAAGACAGCGCCGACGUCGAUGCCGAAAGUGUGCUGCAUCAUUGGUGCUGGGUUUCAAAAUGUGUUAUCUUUCGGGGGGAAGCACCACAAAGCCGAGCCACACCAGGAGGCAAGCUCACAAAGAGGAAAUACAACUGUUAUGUUUUCGGGCACAGAGACGUACCUGAUUGGUCCGUCAGGAAGUGGUAAGACCGCCAUACUUCGGGGCGUCGUGCUGGCUCUGGAGGCUAUUCUCAAUCCUGAAUUGUGUGUGGACGAGACAGAACGCCUGUUGGCCACACGCAACAACAGCUAUGGCUACAUCAUACUUGUGCUGUGCCCACAGUCAGAUGCAUCAAAACACAUCAAAGAAACACUCUCCGCGGAAGAAAAGAACCGGUGCCUGCAAGAAGAACGUAUUUUGAAAGACAGAGGGUUCGUUGUUCUCCACGGAGAACGCAUUCGGGUCGGCUGGGCCGAGUUGCUAAAACUGCAAAACGGCACCCUGUUUCGCUUGAAAGGUAACGAAGACUUCAGAAAGCGCACUCGCAACAAGAAGGGAGAACAGCAACAACAGCUCAUCAUUGCAACGCACCACGUCGAACUGCUGAACUCAAACACAGUCCCAAUCGACUGUCUUCAAGUGCGGCAUGGUUCGGCUCUACAUCGCCGCCAACCUACGCCCGCCACACACAUAUCAACAUUGCCUCGGCCAAUAACCGAAAUGCUUGGACCCAAAAUCAUGACCAAGCUUCGAGACCCUGCGUGCCUCGACAUGUACUUUUCUCGAACAGUCGUUUUGUUGGAGGGCAAAACGGCGAAAUUCCAGCUCAUCAAAGACCUUGAGUCCAAGAGGCUGGAACAUUUUUUUCGCGCGCUGGAGUUUGGCAUCCAACCUCCUGAGAACAAACGAGCCAUUCACAAUUGCCCGAGUGUCGAAGACUUGAAGCAAGUGAAAACCCUCGCCAAAGUCAUCGCCGAUCACAAAUUGGGAAAGAAGCACACGCCUCAGUUUAUUCUCAUUCAGUUUGCUGUGUUGUUUAAGGCAAUGGUACAUUCCAACAGCGAGUGGAAGAAGUUCAAAGGUUUGGGCGUUGUGCAAUACUUCAAGACUGACGAAGUUCAAGCUCACAUUGACAAGCGAUUCAAAGAAUUGAUGCCUCACGUUGGCGCAGACAUCACGCUUCGUCAUCAAACUUAUGACAAGCUUGGCCAGCACCUUCAACAGGCUGUUGAAGAACUCCUUACAUUACAAUUUGAAUUCUCAAAAACUCAAGAGAGGAAAGACAAGCUUCGCGAGUUGAGUCGUCGCAAGGAUGGUGUAAACGAAGUGAAAACAUAUCUCGUGAAAAACUUUACGAACGCUCUCAACACAGUCUCAGUCGACGAAAUUCAAGUAAAGCUCACAGAACUUGUGCAACAGAGCACACAACUUCCCCUAACUGACCCGCCUCCAUCAACGGACGAACUUUCUGAGAUGCUUCUUGUCAUGAUCUGGAAGACCUACUCGACGCAAAAGCGGAAAACGCUACAGCAUCUACUACGGCGGGAACUGGAACGACUACAGCAAGCACAUGGCAAAUUGGCUCAAGACACUUGUUUGACGUUAAAUGCCGCCAAGGACACUCUGCCGCGCGAGCAAUUAGAUGCGCUGCGAAAGAGCACGACGCCUCUGCAACCGUCACACUUGGGCAAACUCAAACCGUCUUUGUCUCGGUUAUGCAAAGCCGGUUGGGAACAUGGCCAUUUCGUCUUCCCUCCAGACACUGCUGACAUUGAAGGCAUUUUCAUCAAUAAAUCCACGAAUGAUGACGGGAAAGCUCCUGCUCCGCACCCAGAAUGCUUGAGGUCGCCGGAUUGUUUACAUGGAGAUGAGCGUGAGAUUUUGCGAAAACUUGGAGAAAACGAACUCCCAAGGGCCCAGGCUAUUAUUCUGAACAGGAUGAAAGCCAAAAUAUCCCAUCUCAGCAUUGAUGUUGUGAAAGGCCAGUGCGAAUCUGCCAAGAAGGAAACGAAACUGCUGGCAGACUUCAUGAAAACCGUAAUGAGCACUGACGAAGGUAGCGCCGGUGCGGAUGGUGAACAUGAUACGGGGGGUGGCGAACACCACGACGACGACGACGAUGAGCACCACGAUGAACACCACGAUGACGACGACGACGACGACGAUGUUGCUUGCAUUCCCAUGAGCAACCCCUCGCGUAGCCGUUGUUACAUGAAUGCUGUAUUCCAAUGCCUUGUACGCACGACCCCUCUUGCACAGGCGCUGAAGGACUCACAGGACGCCAACACAAAUCAGGGCGCACUGGCACACCAAGUUUCAAACUUGAUGGGGGACCUUACAGCAUACUCAAGCAAAGAUGCAAUUAACGUCAAAGAGAAACUGUCAUUUCGUGUGGGCGACUACACCGAGGACAAACAACAAGAUGCGGCAGAGUUCCUUGGGGAUCUUUUGGGGGCACUUUGCAUCGCACCACAGGUCGCCGACGCGGAGCUUUGUUCCAAAUGUGGACACACCUUGUCGGUAUCAAGGUCCCAUACUGUUAAACUCUCGGCGAAUGAUCCACAACAUCCGAAGCAACAACUUUCCCUUUUUCAGGCAUUACAAAUGCAGAUGCUGCCAGCUGACACAGUUACAAGGUCAGCGCACAAUGCUUGUCGAACCUAA